CAGCGCUGCCGAGUACCCCUUUCUCCUGCUCACAGCUGCGCUGCCAAAUUACAGAGCUGCUCCCACCAUUAAGUAGUAAUCAUUGCCAAAUGAGGAGGAAAGGACGAUGUCAUCGAGGCUCCGCAGCAAGGCACCCUUCCUCCCCCUGUGUUAAGCACUCCCCCACGAGAGAGACACUGACCUACGCUCAGGCUCAAAGGAUGGUUGAGAUAGAGAUUGAAGGGCGCUUGCAUCGCAUCAGUAUUUUUGAUCCCUUGGAGAUCAUAUUAGAAGAUGACCUCACUGCUCAAGAAAUGAGCGAAUGCAACAGCAAUAAAGAAAAUAGUGAGAGGCCACCUGUUUGCUUAAGAACUAAGCGUCACAAAAACAACAGGGUCAAAAAGAAAAAUGAAGUUCUCCCUAGCUCCCAUGGCACACCAGCCUCUGCCAGUGCCCUUCCUGAGCCCAAGGUGCGGAUCGUGGAGUACAGCCCUCCCUCUGCCCCCAGGAGGCCCCCUGUGUACUAUAAGUUCAUUGAGAAGUCAGCUGAGGAGCUGGACAAGGAGGUGGAGUACGACAUGGAUGAGGAGGACUACGCCUGGCUGGAGAUCAUCAACGAGAAGAGGAAGAGCGACUGCGUCUCUGCUGUGUCACAGAACAUGUUUGAGUUCCUCAUGGAUCGCUUUGAGAAGGAGUCUUACUGUGAGAACCAGAAGCAGGGUGAGCAGCAGUCCCUGAUUGAUGAGGAUGCUGUGUGCUGCAUCUGCAUGGACGGGGAGUGUCAGAACAGCAAUGUGAUCCUCUUCUGUGACAUGUGCAACUUGGCUGUGCACCAAGAGUGCUAUGGGGUGCCCUACAUACCUGAGGGUCAGUGGCUCUGCCGUCAUUGCCUGCAGUCCCGGUCCCGUCCUGCUGACUGUGUGCUGUGCCCCAAUAAGGGUGGUGCCUUCAAAAAGACAGACGAUGACCGCUGGGGCCACGUGGUGUGUGCCCUGUGGAUCCCAGAGGUCGGCUUUGCCAACACGGUGUUCAUCGAGCCCAUUGAUGGUGUGAGGAACAUCCCCCCAGCCCGGUGGAAACUGACGUGCUACCUCUGUAAGCAGAAGGGCGUGGGUGCUUGCAUUCAGUGCCACAAAGCAAACUGCUACACGGCAUUCCACGUGACCUGUGCCCAGAAGGCCGGUCUAUACAUGAAGAUGGAGCCUGUGAAGGAGCUGACGGGCGGCAGCACCACCUUCUCUGUCAGAAAGACUGCAUACUGUGAUGUCCACACACCUCCAGGGUGUACCCGGAGGCCUCUGAAUAUUUAUGGGGAUGUUGAGAUGAAAAAUGGUGUCUGUAGAAAAGAGAGUUCAGUCAAAACAGUCAGGUCCACAUCCAAGGUCAGGAAGAAAGCAAAGAAGGGCAAGAAAACAGUGGCAGAGCCCUGUGCGGUCCUGCCUACGGUGUGUGCUCCGUAUAUUCCCCCUCAGAGAUUAAAUAGGAUUGCGAAUCAGGUGGCCAUUCAGCGGAAGAAGCAGUUUGUGGAGCGAGUGCACAGCUACUGGCUACUCAAAAGACUGUCUAGGAAUGGUGCCCCCCUGCUGCGGCGGCUCCAGUCCAGCCUGCAGUCCCAGAGGAGCUCGCAGCAGAGAGAAAACGAUGAAGAGAUGAAAGCUGCCAAAGAGAAGCUGAAGUACUGGCAGCGGUUACGCCACGACCUUGAGCGUGCACGGCUACUGAUUGAGCUGCUGCGAAAACGGGAGAAACUCAAGCGUGAGCAGGUAAAGGUGGAGCAGAUGGCCGUGGAGCUGCGGCUGACCCCGCUCACCGUGCUGCUUCGUUCAGUCCUGGAACGGCUGCAGGAGAAGGACCCUGCCAAGAUCUUUGCCCAGCCCGUGAGUCUGAAGGAGGUACCAGAUUAUCUGGAUCACAUUAAACAUCCCAUGGACUUUGCCACAAUGAGGAAACGGUUAGAAGCUCAAGGGUAUAAAAACCUCCAUGCAUUUGAGGAGGAUUUUAAUCUCAUUGUAGAUAACUGCAUGAAGUACAAUGCCAAGGACACCGUAUUUUAUAGAGCCGCAGUGAGGCUGCGAGAUCAGGGAGGUGUUGUUCUGAGGCAGGCCCAGCGCGAAGUGGACAGCAUUGGCCUGGAAGAGGCCUCGGGAAUGCACCUACCUGAGCGGCCUGUGGCGGCCCCUCGGCGGCCAUUCUCCUGGGAAGACGUGGACAGGUUGCUGGACCCAGCCAACAGGGCCCACCUGAGCUUGGAGGAGCAGCUGAGAGAGCUGUUGGAUAAGCUGGACCUCACCUGCUCCAUGAAGUCCAGUGGCUCACGGAGUAAACGGGCAAAGCUGCUCAAAAAAGAAAUUGCUCUCCUUCGGAACAAGUUGAGCCAGCAGCACAGCUCCCCGCCAGUGGGGCCAGGUACUGGAGGCUUCGAAGAGGAUGCUGCUCCACUGGGGCCAGACACAGGGGAGGACGGAGAUAAAUCUCCCCCUAAACUUGAACCAUCCGAUGCAUUACCUCUUCCUUCAAACUCGGAGACUAAUUCAGAACCACCAACCCUCAAACCAGUAGAACUCAACCCCGAGCAGAGUAAACUAUUCAAAAGAGUCACAUUUGAUAAUGAAUCACAUAGCACUUGCACUCAGAGCGCACUGGUAAGCGGACACCCUCCAGAGCCCUCCCUCGCCAGUAGUGGCGAUGUGCCGGCGGCGGCGGCGGCCUCCGCAGUGGCGGAGCCAUCAAGCGAUGUAAACAGACGCACCUCUGUUCUCUUCUGCAAAUCGAAAAGUGUAAGCCCCCCAAAGUCUGCCAAGAACACUGAAACCCAGCCAACUUCUCCUCAGCUAGGGACCAAAACCUUUUUGUCUGUAGUCCUUCCGAGGUUGGAGACUCUACUGCAGCCAAGGAAAAGGUCGCGGAGCACAUGUGGAGACUCCGAGGCGGAGGAGGAGUCCCCGGGAAAGCGCCUGGACACAGGUCUUACCAAUGGCUUUGGGGGUGCAAGGAGUGAGCAGGAGCCGGGCAGUGGCCCGGGAAGGAGAGCCACACCCCGGCGACGCUGUGCGUCCGAGUCCAGUGUCUCUUCCAGCAGCAGCCCACUCUGCGAUUCAAGUUUCAGUGCACCGAAGUGUGGGCGCGGCAAGCCUGCUCUUGUGCGAAGGCACACGCUGGAGGAUCGCAGUGAGCUGAUCUCCUGUAUUGAAAAUGGGAACUACGCCAAAGCAGCCAGGAUUGCGGCUGAAGUGGGGCAGAACAGCAUGUGGAUUUCCACGGAUGCCGCGGCCUCUGCCCUGGAGCCCCUGAAAGUGGUGUGGGCCAAGUGUAGUGGCUACCCCUCCUACCCAGCACUGAUCAUCGAUCCCAAGAUGCCAAGAGUGCCUGGCCACCACAACGGGGUCACGAUCCCCGCCCCACCCCUGGAUGUGCUGAAGAUCGGGGAGCACAUGCAGACCAAGUCUGAAGAGAAGCUGUUUCUUGUUCUGUUCUUUGAUAAUAAGAGAAGUUGGCAGUGGCUUCCCAAGUCCAAAAUGGUGCCCCUUGGUAUUGACGAGACCAUCGACAAGCUAAAAAUGAUGGAAGGGAGGAACUCCAGCAUCCGGAAGGCUGUGCGGGUGGCCUUCGACCGCGCCAUGAACCACCUGAGCCGGGUCCAUGGGGAGCCCGCCAGUGACCUCAGUGACAUUGACUGAGCCUUGUCCAUAGUGUUGAUAAAGCUGUACAUGUUGUAUAUUGUUCAAAACUUAACUUAUUCUGAUUUUGUAGCUGUAGUUCUGUAGUUCUUUUCUCCCCAGGGAGGGGGAGGUUUCAUUUCCAAGUUUUCUAUGGAACCAUCUCAUCUCGGCGCUCUGUGGGGGCAGGGGCGUCCUAGCCGCGUGGCCGGCGCUGUGGGGGGCAGGUGUCUCAGCCACAUGGCGGGCCCGCUUCCUGGUUGUGCCACGGCCUCACUUUCUUUGACCUGUAGCUUUUUUUUUUUAAAGACCUUUGAAUGUUUAAUAAUUUUGUAAAUCAUGCUCUUUGCACAGAGUGCCACUUAUUUAAUAAGACGGGAUGUAAAUUUACAAUGACAAAUGUGUAUUUUAAGAAAGAAAAUGACAUUAUUUUGAAUGGUACUUUGUGCAAAGAGAAUAAAAACUUAACGCUGUGUGCAUCACUUGCAAAUCACCAAAAACACUCCGCCAGCUGCGCCAGGCGGGCCAUUGUUGUUGUUCUGUCUGUCCCUUCUCCUGCUCCACCCCAGCCCCUCGAGCGUGCCUCCCAGAAGAUUAUUUAUUGUAGAAGUGUACUCAUUUGCUUUAUAAUGAAAAAUAAAUUUGCAAAAGUAUAUUGAUAUGCAUUUUUAUACAGCACAUAAAAAUUCAACUCGGUUUGGGAGCAGAAUGUGUUGGGCGGUUCGAUAAACAACUGGCCUGUGAGUACUUUGAUUUUGUAACUUGUAAUCCUGUUUACAAUGAGGGGCUUUCUGUAACUUGUUUUAAUUUAGAACACUUUGGUAGCAAUAGAACUUUGGAUACAUUUUUGUAUGGUACAUGUGAUGUAUAUAGAAUUAGUACUUUAUUUUUAUUUUUAAGAGGUAAAGCAUUAUGUUAGGGGAGAAAGCAGGGUGGGUUUCCAAAUUUGCAUUUUUUAUAUUAAAAAUAAAGUGAAGAUUUGGA